AUGGGGGAUUUGGACAGCAAGGAACUACCUGAUCUUCGAAAACAGGACAUGGACGCCAUUGGAGAUUUUUACCAAAGCGCGUGGAAUCAUACAACUUUUAAAGCGGGAUGUGGGUGGAUCUUCAUCACUCAGCAGGACGAGCAUCUACAUCAGGGUACGGCUACUUUCGAUUACACCUCGUCUGCACUAGUAGCUGAAGCGUUAGCUAUUAGAUCGGCUCUUCUCAGCGCCCUCGAAGCUGGAUUCACAAGAAUCUGUAUCAAAACAGAUUGUCAAGCACUUGUUGCUAUCAUCAACUCGAAGAAUCACCCGAAGGACCUCUACGGAAUCUCACGGGACAUCGAGCACCUAUCCCUCUCCUUUGAUUGUAUUGUCUUUUCUUAUGUACCAAGAAACUCAAACUCUUUGGCUGAUUCACUUGCUAAAUCAGCUCUGUACUUGGCUUCCACCAACUAUUCUUAG